UGUGUUAUAACUCGAGCACACAUACCUACUUUCUAUCUCUUUCUCUUUAUCUCUCUCUUUCAUAUAUAGGCGUCAAAUACAAAUGGAGCUUGUGAACAGUGGCCCUCCUCCUAAAGUAAUUCGUACUACUACAACGGAGCCGUGUUUCAAGGUUGCAAAGAAUGAAGAUGUGGUUGUUCGUCCCACUGCAAAGUUCCAUCCAUCUGUUUGGGGGGAUUACUUCAUCACAAAUCCUUCAUUACCCUCUACACAUCAGGAGGAACAAAUAAAACAAAGAGUGCAAGUACUCGUUGAGGAUGUAAAGGUUUUGCUAAAGGAUGCAAAGGGUUCAAUGAGAGAGGAGAUGCAACUCAUUGAUGCACUCCAACGCCUUGGUGUGGCUUAUCACUUUGAACAAGAGAUCAAUGAAGCGUUAUGCUUCAUUAAUACUACUAGUUCAUCUGAACAGCAUUCAUAUAGCGACGACGAUCUUCAUUUUGUUGCUCUUCAGUUUAGAUUACUACGACAACAUCACUAUUAUGUACCACCAGAUGUCUUCAACCAGUUUAUAAAUGACAAAGGAAAGUUCAAAGAAGAAAUGAGUAAUGAUUUGAAUGGUUUGUUAAGCCUGUAUGAAGCAGCUUACCUUGGAAUCCCUGGAGAGGAUCGGUUGGAUGAAGCCAUUGAUUUCACAAGAAGCCAUUUGCAGUCUCUUGCGAAGCAUAUAGGACCAAGGCUAGCACGAAAAGUUAAGCAUGCAUUGGAGACACCUUUGAGAAGGAGAAUGAGUAGAUUGAAUGCCAGGUUAUACAUAGCCAUUUAUGAAGAAGACAUUGAAACAAGGAAUGAUGUGGUGCUUGAGCUUGCAAAGCUUGAUUUUCAUAUAUUGCAAUUGCUUCAUAGAGAGGAGGUCAAAAUGAUCAGCAUGUGGUGGAAAGAUCUAAGUGUGCCGACAAAGCUUACAUUUGCUAGAGAUAGGAUAGUAGAACUCUACUUCUGGAUAUUAGGCGUAUAUUUUGAGCCCCAUUAUUCAAGGGCCAGGUUGAUGUUGGUAAAGGUGUUAGCUAUGUUUUCCCUUAUGGAUGAUAUUUAUGAUUCCUAUGGCACGAUGGCUGAGCUCCUACAUUUCACUAAUGCAAUUCAAAGGUGGGACUUAAAGGCGGCUGAUGAGAUGGAGGAAUGUAUACAAGUAGUUUUCCUUGCCAUAUAUCAUACAAUAGGAGAAAUUGAAGAUGAAGUACUCAAGGAUGACAAGCUCUAUCGCAUUGGUUACCUCAGAAGAGAAUUUGAAAAGAUGACUAUUGCAUGGCUAGAAGAAGCCAAAUGGAGAGAUGAUUGUUAUUUACCAUCACUGGCUGAACAUCUGGAGCUGUCGAUAAGGACUACUGGUUACCAUGCUAUUGCAUGUGCCUCAUUCCUCGGUAUGGGAGAAAUAGCAGGGAAGGAGUCAUUUGACUGGGCCACAAGUUUUCCUCAAAUUAGCAAAGAUAUAAGCAAGAUUUCUAGGCUCAUGGAUGAUGUUGUGGGUUAUGAGAUCGAUAAUAAGAUGGAGAGAAACCAUGUUGUUUCAACAAUUCAUUGCUGCAUGAAUGAGUUUGGAGACUCAUUGGAAGAGGCAAAAGAAAGGUUGUUACAAAUGGUGGAGGAUGCAUGGAAGGACGUUAAUCAAGAGUGCCUACAUCUAACUAUACCAUAUGCUCUGCUUGCCAGAUUCGUUAAUCUUGCUAGUAUGAUGGAAACCAUGUAUAAAAAUACAGAUGGAUAUACUCAGCCAAGUUUAUUGAAAAAUUCCAUCUCAUUAUUGUUGGUUCAACCAAUAUUAUGUUGAAGCUGGAAUUUGUUGUAAAACGUCAUCCAUACCCUAGUCCAGCAUUGUAUAAUUAAGCCUACUGCAAUGAUUCUUUCCCAUGAGGAAGAAGGCAUUUUCAUUAUCACACUUAGGAUCAAUAUAAGGUUUUUUUUUCUUUGCAAACCAA